AUGGCGUUUCUUCUCGCUGGUCUCUCGCUGCUAGCGACUGUCCAGGCCGCCAAUGUCAAGCCUGUCCUCGUUCCAAACGGAUGCGCCAGCCUCCCAAACCUCCAGCAGACCGGUCCCGCAUCUGGAUUUGCGGGUCCCUGGAAUAUCGUCGUGGAUCAAUGUGUAAACACGACCGCUAUCGAUAAUGCAUGCACUAUUGAGGGGUUCGGUGAUAUGGCUGUACCCAUUACUCUGGAUGAUCAACCCGAUGUUAAAAGCGGUUUUGUCAGUAUCGUCAGUCAAAAACUUGGCGCAAAGUCCUACCUCAUCUGCACAUCGGGAAUUGGAUUUGAAGCAAUGGUUUUCUACGACAACCAAAACGAUUAUUUGCCCAUCAAUAUCACCAGCAACCCUGCGAGUGCUCAGCUAAAGUGGGGUCAAGCUGAGGAUGAGAGUGAACCAGUUGAUGCGUAUUAUCAUUACAUUGAUGGCAAGAAGCAGGAUGGUAUUUUCCUUGGUGCCAACAACGUUACUAGUUGGGGUAUCCAGCUUCAGGAGAAUGUACCUGGUACUGGUGGAAUUCCGAUGUGGCAGCUCCGUCUGCUGGGGCCUGGAAGCGAGGACCAGAAGACUGGCAAGGCUUUGAAGGAGGGAGAGUACAAGACUUUCAUUCGCAUUGAUGGAAGUUGA